AUGAUAUUCCUACAAAUACUUGCAUUCCUCGCUGUCACAGCGGCACCACAAAAUAACAAUUCCAUACCCCACGAAACCCCGGCCAUCCGAUCCUACUUCUACGUCGGCGGCAAUUACAUAUCCGAUAAUAAUGGCGGCCACAUCUUCGCCAACCAAAUGUACGUUGAGAAGCUCUCACCCAUAAACAACCCCGGUACGAUCUACUACAAAAACAUCAACAACGACACCACCACGCCAGUUCCCGUGAUCCUUAUCCACGGCCAAGCCCAAACCGGCACGAAUUUCCUCAACAAGCCCGAUGGCAACCGCGGCUGGGCAUCUCAAUUCCUAGAAGCCGGUCACACAGUCUACAUCCUAGACCAAACAGCACGAGGACGAUCUGCCGUAACACCAGGAACCACAACACAACUAUCCACCUACUCCGCCGAAUACAUCGAAUCCCGCUUCACCGCCCCACAGCGCUCAAACCUCUGGCCGCAAGCCAAACUGUACACGCAGUGGCCCGGAGCAGGCAUCAUGGGCGACGCCAUCUUCGACGCCUUUUACGCGUCAAACGUGCCGUUUAUUGCAAACGCGACAGCUCAGCAGACCGCUGUUCAGGCAGCGGGAGCGGCGCUGUUGGAUCGGAUUGGGAGGCCGGUGUGGUUGGUUGGUCAUAGUCAAGGUGGGCUUAUGGCGCCGCUUAUUGCGGAUGCGAGACCGCAGGCCGUGAAGGGGCUUGUGUUGUUGGAGCCUACGGGGCCGCCGUUUAGGGAUGCGGUGUUUGGCGAUAAGGCAGCGAGGAAGUGGGGGGUCGCUGAUGUGCCGGUUGCGUAUGAGCCGCGUGUUGUAAAUCCGGGGGUUGAGUUGGUUAGGGAGGAGGUUGUGCUGGAGGAGGAGGGGGCGAAGGGCGGGAAUGGGAAUGGGAAUAAGACGUUUAUGAUCAGUGUACUGUGGCGUUUUUGA